AGAGAGAGAGCAAGCCACCAGGGUCAGGACUCGAACCAUGGUUGACCACGUGGGAGUACAGUGCCUCAACCACCACGCCACCUGCUGGCCCCUGACUGAAUCCUACACAUUUAAUAGGUCGUUGGUCUCCCUAGGCUGGUCCCGGCUCGUCCUGGAGCGCACACUCGCCAUGGGUGACCACAGGACCGUCGCCGCGCUGCUGCGGGAAUGCAGACAGAUGCUGGACCAGCUCUCGCUGCAGGCAACAGACGUGUUGGAGCAGGACAAGAGGGAGGCGCAGCGGUGCAGAGCCUCACUCCCUGGAGAGCUGCAGACCCUGCUCCAAGAGGCCGAGGAAAUGAAGUGGCCCUUCGUCCCCGAGAGGUGGCAGUACACACAGGCCCCCAGCCCGGAGGACAGAGCCAGCCUGCAGGACGCCGUGGGGCCCCAGCUGCAGCAGCUCCUGGCGACCCUGCGGGCCUGCAUCCGCGCCCAGGACUGCACUGCCGCCAUGGACGCAGGGGACGAGGGGCCCUCUGCUGUCAGAAGGCCACGAUGUGAGCGGAGCGGCAGGGGGCAGUGUGCCGAGGCAGGUUUCUGGUCCGACUCUCAGCCAGAGCUCAGGGCAGUCCGUGGGCCGCUCCUGUGGCAGGAGGAGGGGCUGGAGCACCCAGCAUCCAGCCCCUUCCUGGUGACGGUCACCAUGGGUCACUCAGCCCCGGCAGCAGCCAGCACGUCCCGGCCGUCCAGACAGGCUCUGCACGGAGGGAGCCUGAGCGGCCCGUCCACAGGGCCGACGGAGGCACUGACCGCAUGGUCCCCUGGAGCCCUCCGGAGCCUGUCUGGUGUCCUCACAGCACUGGGCGAGUCCCAGGAGGUGAAGGGAGCUACAGCCCUCCGCAUGCACAGGCAGGUUCAGGAGCCACCGCUGCCUCCCCGCCGGCCCACAGGGGAACUCUUCAAAGCAGAGCACAUCCUGAGCAGCCUGGUAACCAGCGUCAGAGCUCCAGGUACCUGGCUGUACAGGACGGACAGCGACAAGGGCCUGGUGCAGGCAGUCUGCAUGCAGAUCCGAGGGCAGAUUCUGCAGAAGCUGGGGAUGUGGGAUGGGGCAGCAGAGCUGCUCUGGGCGUCCACCGUGGGCUACUUGGCCCUGCCCCUGCCAGAUAAGAAGGGCCUCUCCACGUCACUGGGCAUCCUGGCCGACAUCUUUGUUUCCAUGAGCGAGAAAGAGUAUCAGAGGUUUAAAAGCAACCCGCAGAUUAACCUGGGCCUGCUGACCGAGUCUGUCCACCGUCUACUGGCGGCUGCAGAGGCCUGCAAGCUGGCAGCUGCGCUGAGCGCGUACACGCCCCUGUUCGUGCUCUCGGCCCUGAACACGCGGGGCACGUGCUUGUUGUCCUACAGUGGUUCCAAGGAGUGUCCCCCAGGGAAGAAAGACUUGUAUCUGCGCGAAGCCAAAGAGGCCUUCGAGACCGGCCUCCUCACCAGCGGAGACAGAGCGCCGCCUGUGGGGGUGCAGGAGCUCCACGGCCUCCUCAAGGCCGCCUUCGGUCUCUGCACAGCGCACCUGCGGCUCGGCAGGCAUGUGGCCGCGGCGCGCACAGCGAGUGCGCUCUGCCGGGCGGCCCUGUGCCCGCUGCAUGCUCUCAGUACCUGCGCCCCAGGACAGGACCGUGGCGCUCUGUCUCGGGCGGUCGUGUCCACCGUGGCCCAGGUGAAAGGCCUCCUGCAUGUGCAGAGGACCUGGGACUGCAAGGACGGCGCCUACGUGCCGUGGGGUUUCCAGACCUGGCCAGAUGAGCCCAUCCUGCGUGGGCAGGCGGAUUUCCAAAGCAUCUUGGAGACCCACGCGCACCACCACACUUCCGUGUGUGCGGUGUACGACAGCACGUGUGGCAACAGUGCGAGUGCGCGAGCAGAAACGCACCCCGGAGUCUGUAUCACUGCUCUGCGGACAGAAACCAAGCCCACAGAGACGGCGAGUGGGGCGGGCACCGCUCUGUCCUCCCAGACGGCUGCACUCGGUGGCGAGGCCCUCAGGCAAGCGGGAGGUAGACUCUGCACCCAUCUGCAGGCACCAAGAGUGGAGGCCGAGGCUGAGACCGAGCCACCGGACCAAGGCAGUGGGUGGACAGCAGCUGGGGACCAGCGUGGGAGCUCCAGCUGGAGCCCCGGCCCCUGGAGCGAGUUAACAGGGCCCAGCUCCUCCACAAACUGGGAAGAGGUGGCCUACCACAUGGACCGAGGGCCAGCCAGCAAAGAGGUGGGCCAGGGGGCGCGUCCCGUGGACACUCAGUGCUCCACUGCAUGGUCUGAGGAGCUGGAGAGCGAGAGGCAAGGCAGAGCCGGGCACCCAGAGACUUCAGAGCCUCGGGGCCUCUCCCUGCAGGCGCCUGGGGUGGGCAGUGUCUCGUCUUCUCACAGCCACCCACGCGAGCUCAGGCCCUGCGAGACCUCCCUUUCCUGCGAUACGCCGGGCGUGUUCCUGGCCUCAGGUGCAAGGCUGCUGGAAGGAGCCCCAGAAGGUGCCCAGGGAGGGGGCCAUGCAGGCCCCUGCUCCUCCCGGGCAUUUGCUGCGAGCAGGCUGGAGAACAUGGCCACGCUGCCGGCUGCCUAUGGGGCCUCUGCAGGAAGCAUGCUCCCCGAGGCCAAGCACGGUGCCCCAGAUGCACGUGGGGAGGAGAGGGAGGACGCCGUGGGUGGGCGAGGCGCAGCCCCCACGUCCGGAGGUGACCCUUGGUGGGCCCACCUGGAGAGCACAGGGGUGGGCCCCUUCCUGGGCGUUUCUCCUGCCCGGAAGGCGCAGGUCUCUGACUGCAGAGGGCAGGAGCCCACCGUCGACCCCGAUGCCUCCACAGUGGAGGGGGCGCAGCUGCCGGCCAGCCCUGACGCCCACCCUGUGGGCAGGCUGGGCCCCUGUGCAGAUGGGAGCGUGCCCGGCAGCAGCACCAUGGAGCAGGCAAGCUGCCAGGAGUCGCCCACUCGGUCCAGCGGCUCUGGCAACAGAGGGGAGCCUUGGUCUUUGCUCGGCUCCUGCCGGAGUUCUUGGGUCUCCCUGCCAGGGAGGCAGGAGUUGCUCAGGGCUCGCACUCUGCAGCCGGACGACCUGGAGGGCCUCUUGGCGGGAGUGAGGCAUGACUGGCUGCUUCGGAGGCUGCGGGACACCGGAGUUUUUCCACACUGCCAGCGUCACUGCGCACACGAUGCUCUUUUGCUAAAAUAUUCCAAAGCAUCUGAACUGUGGACAGCCCAGGAAACCGCCGUGUACCUGGGAGACGACCUGGCUGUGAGGAAGAAGGGCAGGCAGAGGACCGCCUUCUGGGUGCGCUAUCUCCACCAGCAGGAGCCCCUGGGAAGGUACGUGGGCAAGGAGUACAAGGAGCCCAAGGGGCUGUGGCAGCACCUGGCCGACGUGGAGCGGCAGCUGACCGCGCAGUACUACGUGGACGAGUUCAACAGGCGGCUCCAGGCGCACAGGAUGCCCACGCAGAUGUUCUACCUCCCGGCCGCGGCACUGCUGAUCUUAGAGGACAGCGUGAUCAAGGGGUGCAUGAGUGUGGAGCCUUACAUCCCGGGAGAAUUCGUGAAACUGUCGAACAACACGACGGUGGUGAAUACCCAGCACAGAGCCACAGAGUACGGCCUGGCCUACGGCCAUUUUUCUUACGAGUUUUCUCAUCACAGAGACAUUGUGGUCGAUUUGCAAGGCUGGGUGACUGGAGACGGGAAGGGACUCAUCUACCUCACAGACCCCCAGAUUCACUCUGUCGCUCCGACAGCCGCCUCUCCCAACUUUGGAGAGAGAGGGAUUUCCUACUUCUUUCAUCACCAGCACGCCGAAUGCAGCGAGCUCUGCCGUCGCCUUGGCCUGACCAGGCCGGGAAGCAAGGACCCAGCACACGCUAGGCCCGCACAUGGCAGCCCGGUGCCGUCCUCUGCCCUGCCGGCCUCCCCGAGUCAAGGUGGGCACAGUCUGGUCCCCUGGGGCGUGGGCAGGGCCGUGAGUUGCGAGACUGUGGCCCACUGCCCUCUCUGUGCCACAGUUACAGAGCCUGGGUCAGGCGGCUGCGAGCUCUGAGCCCGAACCUGCAGCGAAGGCGACAGGGCAGGGCCUGGGCCGACCUCAGCGGGCUGCACAGCUGAGAGCUGGCGUGAUGAGGCCUUGCACGUCGUGGAACUCCAUGUCACUCUCGAGACUGAUGCCACUGCGUUCCGGCAGCCAGCUUACGAGUUCUUUGCAUAUUAAGAUGUCCAAGCCCCUGUGAUCGGACAUCGGGCUUGAUAAACGUUCAUCCUUGCAGCGUUGUUGCUGAAUGCAUCAUCUUUUACCCACGGCUUCUCGGUCCUAUGCAAUACUUGCCUCUAUUCUCUGCUUCA